AUGCCUGCCUAUGUUCAUAGCCACAAUCCUGUGUUACUCACAGGUUUGUAUAGCCACACUCUAGGUAGAUAUAAACCCCCUAGAGUCCACUCUGAGUCCUCAGUGACUCACUUCUGGACUCUAGCUGUAUUGCCCAGCUCCUCUGUCCUGUUAUUUGAGUCCCCUACAAGGUCUGCAUAUUGCGACUUUAUUACCUGUGAUGCCAGCGACUUCCGCACUGGUGCCCUACUCUCCUACGGUGUGACGCUCGAGACUGCUCGCCCCGUCGCAUUUGAGUCCUGCACACUCAAAGGCGCUGAGCUCAACUACCCUGUCCAUGAAAAGGAACUGCUCGCCAUUGUCCGUGCAUUGCGCAAAUGGCACGUGGACCUCCUUAGAGUACCGUUCACAGUCUACACCGACCACAGGACCCUAGAGAACUUCUUCCGCCAGAAGGAGCUCUCUCGACGCCAAGCACGGUGGCAGGAGUUCCUCGCGCAAUAUGACUUUGAUAUCAAAUAUAUCAAAGGCGAAGAGAAUAUCGCUGCGGACGUCCUCUCGCGUAUCCCGCCAGAUACCAAGAUCAUCAACCCACUGUCCUGCGGAGCUAUCCUCCUUCUUCAUACCGCCACACUGUCACUCUGUGCUAUACCAGAGGCCACCUGUACCAUGGCUUGCGCUUCGUCCCGCCUGUCCAUCGCUUCCGACCCAUCCUGGCUAACGUUAAUCCAUGCAGGUUAUCACGACGACAAGUGGUGCGUUAAACUUCGCGACAAUUUGCCAUCUGUUGGCGUCCGCGAACAGGAUGGCCUACUUUAUGUCGGUGACCGUCUCGUCAUACCGCACGUGCAGGAAAUCCGGGAAGGGAUUUUCCGCCUCGCGCACGAUACACUCGGCCAUUUCGGUUUCGAUAAAUCCUACGCAGCCAUCCGCGAUGCCUACUACUGGCCUCACAUGCGUAAAGAGCUCGAGGAAUUGUAUGUCCCUUCCUGCGAGGACUGUCAACGCAACAAAUCAUCCACUCAAAAACCUCCCGGACCUCUACACCCUCUACCUGUACCACCCGGUCGCUGCGACAGCAUUGCCAUCGACUUUGUCGGACCACUCCCCGAAGAUGACGGCUUCGACUGCCUCGCCACCAUUACAGAUCAUCUCAAUUCCGACAUCCGCUUGAUACCCACGUGGAUGGAUGUCUCAGCUGAAGCAUUCGCAGCUCAAUUUUUCGACCAUUGGUAUUGCGAGAACGGGCUACCACUCGACAUCAUCUCUGACCGCGACAAGCUAUUCGUCAGUCGCUUCUGGAAAUCGCUUCAUCGACUGACAGGCGUGAAGUUGAAGAUGUCCUCCGCAUACCACCCCCAGACCGACGGAUCUUCCGAACGUUCCAAUAAGACCGUCAUCCAGGCCCUCCGUUAUCAUGUUGCGCGAAACCAACGUGGCUGGGUACGCGCUCUCCCACGCGUUCGUUUCACCAUCAUGAAUACCGUUAACGAGUCUACGGGGUUCUCCCCCUUCCAAUUACUCAUGGGCCAUUCCCCUCGCAUCAUACCUCUGCUUCUCGAGACAUCGUUGGCGGACGAUCCCUCAUCAGAAGCGGACCUCGCCUCCAGACUCAUUGCAUCCAUCGAAACCGAUGUUCUGGAGGCGCAAGAUAAUCUCUUCCUCGCGAAGGUGAACCAGGUGGCACUGGCGAACUGUUCGCGAGGCGACGAGAUCAUCUACAAUGUAGGUGACCGCGUCCUUCUCUCCACCUUCCACCGACGGAGAGAUUACAUGCAACGCGGGGACCACCGUGUUGCUAAAUUCAUGGUGCGCUUCGAUGGUCCAUAUUCUAUUUUACAUGCAUACCCCGAGUCUUCCGUAUACACCCUUGACCUUCCCCCUUCCAUGCACAUUUUUCCUACGUUCCACUCUUCGCUUCUCAAGCCCUGGAAAGACAACGACGCCUCACUCUUCCCUUCACGCCAACACAGUCACCCAGGACCGCUUAUCACUGAAGAUGGUGUCGAGGAGUGGGAAGUCAAAACCAUCGUUGACCACCGCCCCCGUGGUCGCGGCUUCCAGUACCUAGUACGCUUCAAAGGUUAUGGACCUGAACAUGACGUCUGGCUCCCAGGCCGAGAAGUCAACGAACUCGCCACGCUCGACUCCUACUUACUUUCUCACCCGCAUUAA